CAAAUUGUACUUAAUUUAAAUAAAAGAGGCAAAUUUGUUAUUGAAGAUUUGGACGACACUCAUUUAUUUAUUGAAGCCAGUUGGGUCGAUCAACUUAAAUUCGAAUUAGAUAAGAUCCUUGACGAAAACUCAUAUACUGUUUCUGCUACUGACGAAAAAGAUAUUAAAAAG